AUGACAAGUGGUGUCUUUUUUUUAGUAAUUCUUUCUUUACGUCGUAAAGCGAUGACACUAUGGAGUUAUUACAAAGUGAAACUUACUUUACAAUCUGAAAAAGAAGUGGAUUUGGAUGCCGCCCAAGAAUUUCUAAUGGAGAAUCUUCCAACAGACUCUCUGGUAUCAUAUGAUAAAGAGCCAAUUAAAAAUGCAACAGAAAGAAUCUAUUCUAUUGUUGAAUCAAAUGAAAAGACUUCAUGGCACGAUAAAGUGAAGUCUGCUGUAGAAACGCUGGAAACCUGCCUAGAAAGAUAUUCUUUAAAUGAAAUUGCUGUUGGUUUCAAUGGUGGAAAAGAUUGCACAGCACUUUUACAUUUAUUUUGGGCUGUAGUGAACAAGAAAUAUCCAGAAAAGACUGAAUUAUUACAAGCUUUAUACAUCCGAAGCAAAAUGUCAUUUCCAGAAGUGGAGGAAUUCAUUCAAAAAUCAAAAAAGAAAAUGGUAUACCAUCUUACAAUGCUUCAUUUUGAUGGCAAAAUCAAAGAUGCUCUUGCAGAACUGAAAAUACAGUACCCUGAAGUGAAAGCUGUUUUGAUGGGAACGAGGAUUACAGACCCACGUUGUGAACAUCUUAAACCUUUUGCUGAAACUGACCCUGGCUGGCCAUCUUACAUGAGAGUCAAUCCAUUACUUGACUGGACAUACAAUGAUAUCUGGUUAUUCCUUCGUACACUGUGUGUGCCAUAUUGUACCUUAUAUGAUCUUGGUUAUACAUCAUUGGGUUCCAUGAAUAACACACACCCCAAUCCUGUUUUGAGGUUUGUUGAUAAUCAUGGAGUAGUUAAAUUUUUGCCAGCAUACAAACUUACUGAUCCUUCUAAAGAAAGAGAUGGACGAAAUGUCUGA